AAAUAAAAGUUGGAUACUGUGGAAAAAUCAUUUAGUCUGAGGCUUUUGUCGAUGAGUCGUUCCAUUCUUACGGGCGCAAUAUUUGUUGCGAAAGAGUUCCAAGGAAUUAGUGCAAAUAAUAAAGUGGUUGAUUUUUAAGAAAACUUCCUAAUUUCGAUAUGAGAGGUGAAAUUUGAAAUUAAGUGCCUAUUGUUGUUGAGCCUUGUUCGUUGCUACUAGGCCACUAGUUUUUAGUGAAAUUAAGGAGUGAAAGGAGUUUGUGAACUUGUGAAGGGAGGUUGAUCCUUUCACUAUUGAUGAGAUAUAGAAACAACCAAGGAUUAAUUCUUCAAAUUCAGUUUCGGACGUUUUUAAUAAUUUUACGUGCAAUUCAUUCAAAACUUAGAUAGCACAAACUAGUCUGAAAAAAUAAAUUUCUCAGGAAAUGUAAAUUAAUCGCCUGAAACUUUACAAAAGCGUAGGCCUGGAAGAGACUGAAUCAGUGAAACACUGCAGAUAUUCAACUAAUUCCCAUUGCUGGUAAAUUAAUUUAACUGGAAGCGCAUAAGAGGAAGCAGCUAGAGUAAGACCUAAGGCAGCCAGAAAUAUACCAAAAUUAGAAUGUCGGGAAUUUUAAGAAGACUUAUGCUGUUAUUCAUCCUAUGCUCAGGAAACGCAAUUUGUCAUUCUGUGCAGGCUCCAAAGCCAACGUACAGUAAUAAUAGGAUACAUCAAUCAGUAAAUUGGGUGGACAUCAGCGCUGACAAUAUCAACGAUAUUAAGAUUCUAGCAGAUAGCAUGCAGGCUGCUAGGCCAGAAGUUAUUGACGAGAUGAGAGGCAGCAUAAAGAAUACCAGGAUCAUUGAGAAUGAAUCGCCCGGAUUGGAAUCUAGCUCUGCCUUUGAAGCGAGUACAACUUUGCAACUGACCGGAAAUGAGGUUUUCGAAUGUGGGAGUAUAGAAAACCUUCAUAAAGGACAAUUCACCGUCUAUGACUACGCCAUUGUUUGCGGAAUGCUCGGCAUUUCCUUAGGAAUCGGUGUUUUUUAUGGCUUUUUCCACCAAUCAUCUUCGGAAUCAUCAUCUAGUAACUUUUUACUGGGAUCCGGCAUGACUGUCCUGCCAGUCACGUUAAGUUUGACGACAAGUUUUAUAACAGCCAUCGAGCUGCUUGGCAAUCCAUCUGAAAUGUUCUACCAAGGGACGCAAUUUGCUUUUAUUGUGCUCCCCAUGCUAUUGGUGAUUCCUGUCGCCAUCAAAGUAUUUUAUCCAAUCUACUUCCGGCUGGAGCUCACGAGUUGUUAUGAAUACCUGGGAAUCCGGUUUGGUCGAGACAUUCGCAUGCUAGGAGCGUUCCUUUACAUUAUCCAGAUGUCGUUCUACACAGCAGUGGCUGUCCUUGCCCCAGCCAUAGCUGUUUCAAAGGCAACCGGAUUAAAUACCAGACUUGCCGUUGUUCUCAUAUAUCUCGUUUGCAUAUUCUACUCUUCGCAGGGAGGAAUGAAAGCUGUUGUGAUUGCUGACACAUUUCAGGCAUGUGUACUGGGAGCAUCUUUGAUUUUAAUAGUUAUCUUAGGCCACUUUUAUACAGGCGGAUGGCGAACUGUUUAUGAGACAGCAUCAGCAAAUGACAGACUAGAAUUUUUCAAUUUUAAUGUGAAUCCAACAACGCGACAUACAGUUUGGUCUGUGGUUAUUGGAGGAUUUUUCUAUUGGACUUCGUUGUUCUGCACGAAUCAAGCCUCAGUACAGAAGUGUAUGUCCCUCAAAUCAAUGAAGCUGGCUAGGGUAGCAUUAUAUUUUGCCAUUCUGGGGCUAAUUCUCGUGUUCCUGAUCAACUUCCAUACGGGGUUAAUAGUGUACACACAGUAUUCGAGUUGUGAUCCCCUGGGCUUUGGUCGUAUCGCAGCUAAGGAUCAACUUUUGCCUUUUUAUGUUAUGGACGUUUUUAAGGAGAUUAACUUUGUUACUGGAAUCUUUGUAGCCGGAAUUUUCGCAGCAAGUCUGGGAACUGUGGCAUCAGCACUUAACUCGCUUUCGGCCGUCACAUGCGAGGAUUUACUGGAGAACGGGUUCAACAUCAAAAUACAUCCUAAUACAGGAGCUACCUACGCGAAAUGGAUGUCUCUUGGAUAUGGGAUAUUUUCGUUUUUGCUUGUGUUUGUGGUAGAACGCCUUGGUGGUGUCCUUCAAGCUACGCUUACGCUGAACGGUCUUGUGGGUGGUGUAACUCUGGGCCUCUUUAUCCUUGGAAUUGCCUUUAAGAAAGCAAACGCAAAAGGGGCUUUUUAUGGAGGUAUUACUGCACUUGUAUUGGUCGUAUAUAUAGGAGUAAUGGCUCAAAUAUCUAAUGUUGAACCGAAACCUCUACCUCUAUCUACGGCGGAGUGUAAUUGUGUUAGCAAUAUUACGACGAUUAUACCUAACAUGGAAGAAGGGGGAAAUUCCCUGCAAGGAGUGUUGCUCCAGGAAAAUGGCAUAUCGUCAAUUUUCCGACUCAGUUACAUGUGGUAUUCGAUGAUUGGAACCGUACUCACUAUAAUUCUGGGUCUUCUGAUAUCAGUGAUAAGUGACAUUGUAACGAAGCGACGUGUAUUGGAGAUAACGAAAAAGCGGAAUGAGGCGGAAAAUUCGCAGCCUGUAAAUGGGAUUACAAUAGUCGUUGGGCAACAGAGGCGACAGUUACCCGAACUGGGAAAGUCACAACAUCCCAUGGAAACGCUUGAAAAACCAUCGCCGUGCGGAGUUGACAACAUGGCACUCAAAGUUGACGACGAAAAAUGAAUGCCGGAAUACUACAUGUAUAAUUUGGUCCGGAUAACCAAAUAGCGAAGGGCACAGAUGAUCUGCCGGGAUUAGCGAUGAAAUCAACUCACUGAAAACAUCAAGGGAAAGCUGUAGAAAUCCCACCUAUAUAACUUAUGAAGUGCGAUGAGGAUCACUCGUGGAACGAGGAAUGUAAAGAAUUAUCUUGUUAAUUUAUAGUGUAAUAUAUUGGAAGGUUGUAAUCGCAUAUUCAACCCUCAGGCAUGUACUGUAAUUAGGAUACCUUUAUACUUGUUUAAAUGUCAUUGUUUUAAAGUAGUUAGAUGCUUAGUGUAGACCUAUGUUUAAGUUUACCAUUAGUUUGUAUUUAUCUUAUUGGAGCUCAGGGAUACUGACUUAAAGUGGGACGAGUUUUACCGGUUUACUAGGAAAAAGAUCCUACAUAUUUUCACUGCAUAGAAAAUACAAACUGGCACUUAGAAUAAAGGAGAAAGAUUGUACACUUGAUAAUUGAAAUAACACAUGAAGUGCAUUAUAAGGUUCAAAUAAACUAAACUUGCUCGAAAGCUGGUUGUAAUCUAUCAGGACUGAUAUAUGCAUCUACUGUCUUUGUGUGUAUCUUCCAUAAGAAACUUUGUUGUUGCGGCUUGUAUGAUGAAUAUUGCUAGCGUUAAUUCAUUAUGACCGGCUGUAAUCUUUCAGCAAAAGCAACCGCUUUGAACAUAUAUUUCUUUAUGAACAUGAACAUUUUUUAAUCGAUUCGUUAAUAAAAUCAUUUUAGAAAGAUAAAGCCCACACACGAAAAAGAUUAUUAUCACAAGUUUAUUCGGUUUUUGUACUUUUUCCAAAAUAUGUACUAUUUAUAGAUUCCAUAGUCCACUGAGUACGUGAAAAAUAUUUAAAAAUCCUUCACGUCUAGUUUAAAAGAAAAAUUCGAUGAAAUAUAAAAUGAAAA